AUGUUCGAUAUUACGAAACUGAAAGUGCCAUUUGUGGAUCGCGAACCAUCGUCCAUUUCGGAAAGAAAGCAAACCUUAAAACGCCUUCUUGAUUUUCUUACUGACAAUGAAGAUGAUUUAUACAAGGUUUUAAAAGCGGAUCUCCGAAAGGUUUCUCGAACUCCUCUAAGUUUCUUUGACAACACUAGUAUUCAAAGACAGCCCUAUGGUCGUGUGUUAGUCAUUGGAGCUUGGAAUUAUCCAAUCAAUGUUCUUUUUGUUCCCUUUAUUGGUGCUUUGGGAGCUGGAAACGCUGUUGUUCUCAAACCUUCUGAAAUGGCUUCAGAAACCGAGGCCUACAUCGCCAAACAUUUACCCAAUUAUAUUGAUGAGGCAUGUUUGCCCGGGUUCAUGGGGUUUAAGUGCUAG